GUUUGUCAACAUUACGCAUACGGAUUGACGGAUCACGCAGGCGGACUGACGGAUCACGCAGGCGGGUUGUCAGUGGUACUUGAAGCUGCUGUCAACCUCCAUACUCCAGCACAGCCUCAGCAGCAGCAGCGGCGGAUCCUCAGCAUGGCGUCAGAUGAACUCGCGCAGAAGCUGCAGUCCCGGCUAAAUGUCACGCAGGAGGCUGCGGAGCCGAGGCCGGAGCCCGCAAACAGCCCGCAACGAGCCAGACCGCAGGAGCCCGAUGCUGCCUGCGGUGAAUCAGCCUCCGAGCUGUCCGCCAAGCUGAACCGCAGGCUGGACAUCAACCAGGGCAACGCUGCUCCACGACCGACCCGCGUGUUCAACCCGUACACCGAGUUCAAGGAAUUUUCCCGCAAACAGAUCAAAGACAUGGAGGCGAUGUUCAAGCGGUAAGAGCGCGCGUGACGCGUCUUUUGUUUGUGCGUAAUUACACGCGUUAUAACGGUGUUUACUGGCUGGGUGGGAUUUACACUGAAUGAACAUGCAGGGUCAGAAGCUCCUGAUGAGAUUAAGCUGCUGCUGCUGACGUGAAGCCUCCAGGUGAAAGCUGCGUGUGUGUCAGUGUGUGUAUGUCACUGACUCACAAACACACACCAACACAUACUGACACACACACUGAGUCACUGCAGGGCCUCUGUGCGGCGUUUCUGCUGCGGUGUCGUGAUCACACAGACUUGAGCUGCCCUCAUUCACAUGCACACAUUUUUAAUUUAUACUCUGUGUUUAAGAUUUAUUAUUUUAUUUAAAGAAAUAUUGGAAGGAGCUCAUCUCAUGUUGGGCAUUACAUAGUGAUAAAGAAAAUAGAUCUGCUUAUUACCUUAUGUUUUAUUGAUAUAGUUUAUAGCCCAUAUAGAAAUAAUUUGAAGGAUCAUUCAGUCUAGGGCAUAUUGAAAUGAUUGUUAGAAAAAUAAGGUUGUCCAUAAAUGUUGAUUGAUUUGUAAAACAAAAAUAUAAAAUAGAAUUUUAACUAUCUGACAACUGCAGAACAAGCUGCAAAAUUUAAAAAUAAAUAAUUUAAAUGAGGUUAAAAUGAUGGAAUGAUUUUAACUGUGCAGAACCAUUUUUCUUGUGUGUGAGUGUGUGUAUACAUGUAUGGUGUUUAACGUUAAAAUGGAGGUUGUUUGAUGAAUCAUUCUGUGAUUUCCAUUUUUAUUCCAGGCUGUAGCGUGAUAUGAUUUUAACAGUGCAGUUUCUUUAACAUUAUAAGGGAACAAUUCGAUAAAAUACACAGAUGUUUUUUUUUUUUUUUUUGAAUUUUGUUUUAGAAUAAGUAACAGUGUGAUCUGCAUUAUUUUUUUUACCAGGUACAACAAUAACUUGUAAUUUUAGUGCAGUCUCAACAAAGGUGUUACCAUUUCCUCAUAUCAGGAAAAAUAGGAUUUUCUCAUCAAAACAGUGAAUAACAGCAACAAGAGAAGAGGGAUAUUUUCAUCAAGUUCUUUGUAGAUUUCAGAUAUGUGUUAAAUACUUUUCUUCAUCUGUUGACAUACACGUGACUGCCGACUGACCCUUCAUCUCCUUCCACCUCUAAAGCCUGAUUUGGUCAUUACUCUCCCUCACUCUCAGGGGUCAUGACCCCAACCACUUAGAAAAUAAAAGUGUGCCCAUUUCCUGCAAAAUUUGUUAAUAAUAAAGUAAAAACAUUGACUUUUGUCAUAAAUAUUCAAUAGAGCACAUUUCCUUCCUUCAGCCGGAUAUUACUGAUCCAAAUCAGUCCAGCUGAGCAACUUAACCCCGAGGCAACAAAUAAAAAAACUGAUCUGGAUAAGAGGGUGGAGCAAACCAGUUUGCAAACACUUAGCUAUCAAAGCUCAGCGUUUUGCGCCAAUGGCGAAGGCAUUGGCUGUCUCGGAAGUUUGUAAACGGGGAGUUCCCAACAGAAUGAGAUUUCUUUUGUGGUGAUAGCUGACCAGAUGUUCCUUUAACAUAAAAAUAGGAAGCUUAGAGAGCAUGUGAGUCUUGGUACUUGCUCACUAACAUGUUUGGUGAUGAAGUUGCUGAUAAAUCAUGUGUUAACUGACCAACAAAGAAUCCAAUUUAACAUAUGAAAAGGCUUUAAGAAUUUGAGUGAUUGUAAAGAUUGGAUAUCAGGCCUAUCUGAUGGUUUUUGAGUACACUAAAACACACAGGAAGUCAGAUAGUUGCGAGAUAAAACUGUGGCAGGCUACGGCAUACCAUCUGUCAUGUAUGCUAGUUUACAUUAGAGCAGUAGAUCAUUCUAGCAUUACAAUAGGUGCCCUGGCUAGUUGUGGGUGGCAGCACUUCAGCUGAUACACAACAUAUAUGCAGCGUUUUGAACCUGCUGUCUUAGAUACGUUUAAAUUGUAUGCAGUUAAAUACUAAUCUUGGUGCUGACUCGCACUACCCUACUUCCUCCAAUUUUGGUAGGUCAUUAUGUAAAAAUUCAGCGUUGUUGUGAAUAGAAGGAAUAAGUUAAAGACACCAAAAAUUAGAAUUUUCCAGGCUGUAAAGAUGUUUAUCCCUGCUGUGAAGUUGAAUAUUUUAACAUGGGACUCUAUGCCGAUUGACUGACUUUUGGACACAGCCUCUAGUGGACACUCAAGGGACUGCAGUUUUUGGACUCAGGCACUGACUGCUGGAGUUUGCUGACUGAAUGCAAACAAUAACAAAAUCUUCUGGCCAGAGUCCCACAGUUUUAUCUAAGCUUUCUGUUUGCUCUUUUUUUUAGGGUGGUUAGAAAACCCCAAAGCCAUUCAGAUUGCGAUAUCGCCAACCCUCUGUCUUCUUCACCUCUGACCUUUGCCCUGUCAGCUGUGUGCUGACGGUUAGUCAGAUGAUAGAGGCUGCUCUUUGCUGACACUGAGCUCAUUGUGUGGUUUUGAUUCAAAUGUGGACAGGCAGUGUUGCAGCAGGGUUCCCGCCCUGUGUUUCGACACAGCAGCCUGGUUUCUAAUCUCCAAACUUGUUUGUCCUUCAGGAGGUUCAGUUACGUCUGUCUCAAAUCUCUUUAGUCUUACUUCUGUUGCUGCCCCGAUCCCAUUCACACAGUCCACAUUCCCAAGGGGCAUCCACCGCCUGCUGACCCACUUUCCCUCCUCUCAGAGCUGUGGGCUUAGAGGCAUAUUUGAAAUUACAACAUUUUAUCAAGCUCUUAUUGACUGAGAAUUUUAAUCAGACAGAGCGAGUUUGGAACCUUUUACGUUUGACUGUGUUUCCUGAGGGCUGCAGCAGAGUAAGUUUUAUGUUUUUAAUAAAUAACAGCAUCUUUCAGGCCAUGUUGGAGUCUGAAAGCAUGUAAGAGAGCUCUUCUAGCUGAGCUGAGCUGAAUGGGUCGUAAUGGGGGGAGAUGGAGAAGAAUACGAGCAGAGAAAGUGAGUUCCCUCGUGCCAAAAGCUCAGGCAUCUAUAAUUAACAAGGAAGCUGCCGAACAAUGUGGCUCAGUCCGGACUGUUUCAAGCGACGUGGCAUCAGGUCACUCUCAAAUGAAGCACUAAAUCUCUUAAUUGUUUGAGCUUACGGAUUUAAAAAGCAGUUCAGCAGCAGACUUCCAAACCUUCCCUGCUCUGUGUGCUGACAUUGAUGUAUUGUCAUCCAAUCCAGUAAACUAACCCCUGUAUUUAUCACAUGACCAAACUUUGAGCAGUUGGAGUUGAAGCUUGAAGUCUGUCUCACCAUCCAACAACAAACGCGCGCCAUUUCCAGCCUGUAUGUCUCAGCUGUGGGCGUUUCAUGAAGCAAACAUGUCAUGUGGGAUUUCCAGUAAUUACCAGUUUCAAAAUACCGUUGACCUCAACAUCCAAGUUGUAGUUAUGUCAGGGAAAACACACGGAUUUUACACAUUCCUUUACUCCCCCGUCACAUGUACACACACAUCUACUACAAAUCCAGCCAGUCCAGUGUUUCUUACGCAACAGCAAAAUUUGAAACAUGCUCUGAUAUUUAUAAUAAUAAGAGAAGAGGUAAACCUACCAUACAUGGUACCUAACACUUAAGAUUAUGUAGGGAAAGUUAACAUGCUCACUUUGGGGCUGUAAAUUGGCAAGAAUCUAUCAUAACAGUGCAUGUCAAGAGCCCGACAGUUGCUUUUACCAGUUGUCCUCUGAUUGCUUUUCUGAUACAAGGCAAUUUUUUUGUAAGUUUAUAUUGUAAUGUUGUAGUAGUAGUAUUGCCAUCCAGUGAUAAGGGGUAUAAACACAACUCAAAGUAGGCCACUGGCUCAAAUCUUUGUCUGAAAACUCUUCCUUUCAGUUUUCUUCAAACCAAUACAGUGUCAAAUCAAUGUUCUGGAAAACUGGCCUAUAUUUUAUGUAGGUUAUAAAGUCCUAGGGAUGGGAAAAAAAGGUCCAGAUCAGAAUCAGUUCCAACUGGUUAUGACAUUGACAUGAUUUGUUUCUAUACUUGAUAGUCCCCUUAUGGAUUCCUUGAGUUAGUUUCCCGUACCCUGCAGAACAAUCAUUGUGAGGUAGUCAGGACAAACUACAACAAGGUAAGUGGCGAACAGAAGACAUUAACUUUCUAAAAUGCUGUUGCAGGAAGCUAAAUAUUCCUAAACUGUACAGAGUGACUUACACUUGCAGCAUCUAUGGGCUUUUUAAAGACUGCCCAGAUCUUACAAAAAUGAAGGUAAUCUAAUGAUAUGGAUCGGUUUUUGCCAUGUUGUGUGAUUUCUGUUUGCUGACUAUGCUAGCAGAAAGCUGCCAUCUUUUUUCUGGUCUGUAAACCAACCUGCAAUCAGCUGACCUUCAGAGGUCAAAUCAGAGGAUAGGCUUCCUCAUUUUAUCUGUGGGGAUAAUAAAACUCAUGAUAAAAUUUGUGUUGUCAAUACAGAAAAACCUGGUUGGCCUAUUUUUUCCGAACGGAAAAUCCAUAGGAGCUGAUAAUGGAAUCAAUAGAGUUGGAGCAGUAUGCAGAAUUGACAGUGACAUUGGUUUCAAUAAAAUCCUGUCAGUCCCCAUUCCCAUGAAGUGCCAGGCUCAGCUUUAGAGAUGGGGCCUGGAGCUCUGAGUUGAGCCACCAUUUCUUUGCAUUGAAGGAGCCAGUUGAGAUGGUUCAAGAUCUGAAAGAGAUGCUUCCAGGAUGCCUCCCAUUUGGGAUGCUCCAGCCAAGUCCAAGUGGGAAGAGACUCCAUGGUAGACCCAGAGCAGGCUUAAAGGAUUGAAUAUUCCUUAUGGUCUGGGAUAGGGUGACCUAACGCCCUAUUUUCCCAGGACAUGUCCCGUUUUCAUGUCCUGUCCUGGUUGUUUUUUAUACAGUGAUGAAAAUGUCCUAGUUUUUAUUGUUUUUCAUUGGGCCACUAAAGCUGGCCACUGGGAUGAAGAAGAAAUCUAAAGAUAUAGAUGUUUGUUGUAAGUUAGUUUUUAUAACUUUGUGAGAGCUACUUUUGUGAAAGUUGGAUUGCUAAUAUAGCAGAGGUAUUUAUUUUUGUAUUUAUUUAUUUCUCAUACAGGAGAGACACUUCUAUCAUUAUUUCGUUCCUUACUUUUGAAACUUGUCAUAAUGUUGAGUAACCUCUGAAAAACCUAUCAGAAUUUGUGUCUUUGGUUAUAGACAGUGUUUGUUUAUAUAAAAAAAUUCUAUCCAUUCAGAGGAGGCAGACUUUAAAUGUCUUGAAAAAAAUAAGACAAAAAAUAAGACAUGUAAGAAGACAAAAUAAGCCUGGCUGAGUGUCCUGGUUUUCAGCAAUUAAAAUAUGGUCACGACCCAUGACCGCUGGAGGGACGAUGGUCCCCAUACAUGGGGCGCACUCACAGGCCAGGCUAUCUGAGCACCCCACGUAUGGGGACCAUAGUCCCUGCAGUGGUCAUGGGCUAUCUCCCAUGCCCAAAAGCAUAACUUAAAAAAAUAUGGCCACCUCAGUAUAUGUGUCUCAGAAUCCCCCAGGAUGAGGUGGAAAGAGGGAUGCUCGGGUCAGUUUGCAUAGUCUGCUGCCAUGGUGACCAAGCUGGUGACCAAGCUCUGGAUAAGUAGAUAGAUGGAUGGAUAGAUACAAAGUGUUGCUUUGAGCUGAUACCCACUCUUAGAUUAAACACGGGGAUGGAGGAGGUUGUUGUUUCAUGGACCCUUUUGCCCUCACUCUGACUUUCUGAGAUUUUUAGCAAGUAGGUAUCACCAAACUUGAAUUUAUUAAUCCCUCCUUCUUACAGUCCAAGAGUGAAUGAAAAAAGUAUAAAUAUAUGAUAGAAUAUCUUUGAUAUAUUUCAACCCCCUUUUAUUUUUUCUGGAGGAGGGGCAAAAUAGACACCCACCUAUGGAGCGUGUCAACAUUUUUUAUGAUGAUAAUUAUCAUUAUUAUAAUGAUGUUAUCAAUGAUGCAGAGCUGUCAGUUAGUUUCACAUCAAAUCCUGUACUUACCGUUGAAGUGAUUGUUAGCUCUAUUCUCUGCCCUGUCUCUACGAUAAAGGCCUAAGAGCCGAACAGUAAAACACUUACAGAAAAUGUACUAAAAUUACAUAUAUCUAUGCAAAUGUUGAUAUUUCUUCCAUCAUGUCUUUUAUUUUUGGGCAAAAACGCUGUAUAAUGUUGGCAGAAGUCUGGUAUGAGGUUUUUUCCAACUCUAACAUCAGAAAAAACAUUUACCAAUGCUGAACAAACACACAGCAGUGCAUUAUGGGUUUUUACCUGAGGUUACUUUUCUCUCAAAUCAGCAUUAUUUAAUUUUGCAAACUCAUAAAAAUACAAAGUACAAACAGGAUAUGAGUAGACUGUUAUAAAUAUUUGAAACAGACCAGGUGACCUUAUUGUCAACAUACGUGUCAGUGCUGCGUGUGCUGCGUGUGCUGCAUGUUGGGCUGCGUGCAGAGCUUGCGGUCAGAUUGAAACACACCCCACUGCAGCCUUUGGCAUUCCUGUGUUCCCACACAGAAGAGCCAAACCGGUCCAGGCUGCCUUUGUGUUCCAGGGUAGGAAUGCAGUGCCAGGAGAGGAAAGCAACCCCCCAACCCACCACCACCCUCCAUUUAACCACCUCAUUAUGCAAAUGAGGGUCUAACUGUGAUCACUUCCACCCUGGUUACAGUAGGUUUGAACAAAAAAAACCCUCACAAUUAGGCAAAAGAUUCUGAAUGCUGCUUUUUUAUUGUCCGUGUAGACCUGGUCAGGACUCUUGGCUGCGGAUAAGAAAGAUUGACUGAUUAAACGAUUUCCAACAGGUUUACAAAAGAAACAAUUAAAAAUGAUCAAAAGGCCUUAGACAAAGCAAAGUCAAAUCCAGGAGAAGAGAUGGAUGCUACAAAAAGUCCAGUCAUGAGCUUUAAGGUUGUGAUGCUGCUGUGUCCCUUACAUGAAGUGAUGUAACCUUGGUAAUGAGGACAAAAUUAUUGUUUGUUGGUCGCUUGGAAAACCCUGCAGUAUCUGUGUGUGUAUGUGCAGGACAGGUGAGAGAGAAAUCUAUUCUCAGCGUGAUAACAUCUCCUCACCAAUAACAAAUGACCCUAUCUAAUGUAGCGCAAACAAAAACUAACCUGCAAAAACAAACGAACGUGUCUUUAAAAAAUAGGUUCAAAUAUUUCUUAUGGGUGAAAAGUCCAGUCUUUGUUCAACUGACUCAGUAUUUAUUCUCACAUCUUUAUACUCCAAUAUUUGACUUUGUGUUUCUCCACUGUGUUUUAACUUUGUGAGCCAUAGAGGAGGAGGAACAAACAAAGAGGUUAGAUUUUAAAUGUAACAGGUGAUAACACAGGUGACACCAUGUUGAUGUGACUAAGAGCAGCUGCUAAAGCUGCAUGUUAGCGUUGAAUAAAGUUGCUGACUAAUUCUGUGAUAUUGGAUUAGUAUAAGGAGAGGAUCUCUGCGGGGACAGUAUAAGGACAGCAAUGAUUAAACUCUGAUAACAUUCAAUGAUGAUGCCUUACUCACGCAUUUAACUCUGUAAGGACAGCAGCUCCAUCUGGCACCCUGAGGUUUCAAAUUGGACUCUGCAGGUUCUUCUAUUGCUAGUUUUUUUAAGAGAGGUAAAUUUUUAUGCAAUUUAAGAUUAGACCUUAAACACAAAGCACCCAAAGUGAUGAUAAAUACACAUUUAAACACAAUUUUAGCAGCUUUUGAUUGAACUGCAAUAGAAAAACUCACAGUAAACAUCAAACAAAAGUCUGAAUUUGUCACAGUAAGUGUAAUAGAAUUAUCUUAUAUUAACAGUCAAGUCUUCCCCUUCCAGCUGGAGUCCAUUUUACUUACUGAAUAGAAGCUCAGGUAUAAUUUUCCUGCUUUCACACCAUUUUGAAUCUGACUGCCAAAGCUUAACUACCUGUCAGUUUCUGUCAGAUUAAUAGGUGCCAAAUCAGUGGAGAUUGAUCACUGAUAUUGUGCAAAACAUGAAAACCAGAAUAAAGAUCUAGGCUGUGAAUAAAGUGAGCAUGUUCUCUUUAAAUAACUGUCUUUAUAUUGAGUUGAAUGUUUUACAUUGUGUUUCAGAUCACUCAGGGUUAUUUAACAAUGCAUAACUUUGAUGGUUUGUUUUAGAGGCACUCUGCUCUGCUCAGGAAAAAGAGCAUGUUUCUGUUUUUAUUACUUGCAAACUUAAAAAUGAUUUAAUUUGAUGUAAUAUUUAUUUUUGUAGCUUGCAUAAGUAAUAUACCAAGCAAACAAAGGGUUACAAAAUCAGCACUUAAUAAAACAGAAAAUUUAUGUAACCCCGCUGCGUCACUCACACCUCUGUCAGACCUAAUGUACGUUAUAAAACCAGCAUAUGCUCCAUAAAUGAAAUGAGGCCAACCUUUACUGUUAACUGUGUAAUGGAAUUGAACUGGUCUCCUAGAUCCAUUAACUCCGACCUCCAUCCAGUGCAGACAUCCUUGUUCCUGGUACUACUUGGACGACCCCUGACUUUAACAGAUCAAAACAAUCAAGCUCAAGGACAGUGAAAGAAAUGGUGAUGGGAUAAGGCAUAGUAUUUCACACACACUUGAUUAGAAACUAUGAUACGGUUUGGGUUUGCACAUAAAAGAGACGAAACAUUUUGCUGCUUAAAGCUCUUGUGAGGAACUCCUGUCCGUGUUCAUUUUGGUACCAAUUUUUGAUGGCAAAGUGGAGCCCUGGAAAAACACGGAUCAGAUCAGGUCAACCAUGGUAUGUGAUCCAGUUGACCCAGUCUGUAGCAGUUGAUGGUCUAUCCUCAGUGCCAGUUCACUCAGGCCGAGCUCUCUGGGACCACCUACAGGUAAUACCCUAGCAGCUCAUACAACCCCUGUUUGAACAACAUAAUCCUUCAGUGGGUUAUUUGUCACUAUGGUUCAGCUGUGUGAUUGACUGUGGAUUUGUCCAGGUGUGAUCCAUAUAGAGGUGCAGAUAAUGGAUGGAUGUUCAGGGUUGGUGUUAAAAGAUGUAAUUGAUUCUCUUUUUAACCUCACUUGCAUUUGUUUGUAGAAAUGUUUCAAAAGCUCAUACAGCACGACUGUGUUAGUGACUUUGUUCCACCUUAAACUCUUCAUGGGCGGUUUCUCUUCAUAAAACCAAAACCCUCUGAAUCACUACAAAUCAGACUAUGCUGCAGAUUACAGGCAGAAGCAUAAAUCUUGUCCCAAUCUAGCAGAUUCUGGAUAAAUGUGCAGUUAUCAUUUCACACAGAUUGAUGCUAGAUUAACACCACACCAAACUGUUAAAUGUGGUUGAUCUGGUUGAUAUCUGAUAUCUUCAGGGCCAGCAUGGAUCCACGGAGCAGAUUGAUGGAUGGGUAAACCUUAAGUCCUUGGGUGUUUAUUUUUUAUGAUGCUUACAGAGAGUGAUAAACUGUUAUAGAUAAGAAAAAGAGAUAAAAUAAAACAGAACAUAUCACAAGUUUUACUCAACAGCAGAGUCUUGAAAUCGGAGGUGGUUUUGGCCUUUUAAGAAUCUGGAAUGAAACAAUGAAUUGGACCCCCGCCUGAAAAGAUUAGUCUCACUCUGAGGUCAGCGGGCCUCAUUCUUCAGUACUCACACACAAACACACACACACACACACACACACACUUGCACUCACAGCUGCUGAAAGCUUCUAUAAAUACUCCUUAUAUCUGACAUAAGCCCCUGAAGCUUUCAGUGGAUGAUAACAGAGCCUUUCAAAUGCAGACGUGACCAAGGUGAGAGUCUGAGAGCAGAAAUCCUUCAUAUCUGAGCUGCUGAUUUAAACGGGCAAUGAGCAUUUUUAAAGAGAAACAUACCAUACAAAAAAAGUUUCAGUUUGGUGAAACCCAUAAUGAAAAGCUUUGGUAAAAGAUUCAGUGAUGAUGAAAUCAAGAUGAAGGGCACUGAGUUUUCUUAAAGUUGUUUCCAUGGGAACAGGAAAAUAUCAAAAUGUCUCUACUUGAGGCAAACAGAAAUGGCAAAAUGUCUUUUUCGCUCUAAUUGGAGGACACCUGAUUAGGAUCUUUAUCACACUUUGUCCACGAAAAGGCCAAUAUGUCUGUAUGACGUCCUCUUCUGACCUGAAAGUGCACCACAAACAGCUUUUUUCUCCAAUUCUCCACAUUAGGCUGCGUUUCAUGAAGUUUUCUCCUACUGAAUGGCACUUUUCAUUUUCUCCACUGGGGUGUCACCUAACAAGGCUUUUCGCAGGGUCACUAUUGUCAUUUUUUGUGCCUAUUUUUGACUAUUUUCCCAACUUAAACUGAAAUAACAACAUCUGACAUUGUCUACCCUUAAGGGACACCUUGGAGGAGACAGUUUUCUGUUGUCUUCACUUAAAAGACAGCUUAAAAAUGAUGUGAGGAGUUUUUGGACAACCAUAAAUCACACUCGUUUGUAUCUUUUAGUUCAUGAAGGGUCAAAAGGGGCACUUUUUUACAUUUGAUUAACUUAAUGACUACCCUACAGCGCUCUGUAUCAAAAUGUCUACACUUAUAGGGGACCCUGAAGAUGUCUCUACAGCUGAAACAGCAACAGAAAAGACUUUUUAUUAUGUUUGAUCCAUCAUAAUCAUAUCAUAAUCGCCAAAAGUCACCACCAACAAAACAUGAAAACAUGCUUUGCCGGCUCUAACAUUAAUGCUGUGUGUCUACUUGUGUUUAUUUCCAGUUACGACACAGGUAAAGAUGGCUUCAUUGACCUGAUGGAGCUGAAGCUGAUGAUGGAGAAACUGGGAGCCCCUCAGACUCACCUGGGUCUGAAAAACAUGAUCAAAGAGGUGGACGAAGACUUUGAUGGAAAACUCAGCUUCAGAGAGGUGAGACUGUUAGACCAGCCGGACUCUGAACUCUGUAGUAUUUUCAAAAAUUGCCAAUAACACUCUGCUCAUAUUUGUCUCACUUCAAUAUUCGUACACACAAUCAAAAGGAUGCACAACAAUACGCUGCCUUCAUCACAGGCUUCCAUACUCAUCAACCAGCUGUUGCAAGGGAAGCCUGAUCAUACAUGCCACACAUACCAAAUCAGUCUGCAGACAAGAAUGAGGAAGCAUCUAUUAGUUUAGAUCUCUUCCUGUUCAGUUUUUAGAGUCAAGUGUAUCUUUUACUGUAAAUAUUUUACAUGGACACUGUAAAAACACGGGCUGUGUCUCCAGCUUCUUCGCUGACAACUAUCCCCUCACAUCAGUUCCAGGUGUUAAAAAUGAUGCUUAAAAAUUGUCAGUCUUGUCUCUAAUGGUCUUGUUUGCUUUUGGAAAUCCCAAAAAGGCAACAAUAUGAUUCUCAGUCUAUGUCAGAAAUGUAAAAAAAAAAAUUCCUUAUAGGAGCUUUAAGAAGUCAUCAAGGACAACCAAAUGUUAAAAUCUAUGAUGAAACAGACUCAGCAAUUGAGCAUAAAGCUAAAUGCAAACUGUGAGUGCAUCACAAGUAGAUAUAAAUAACAUUACACAGUCUCUCAUUUGGGUGUCAGCUGCUGUUAUAAUCCCAUUUGUGAAUAUACUGAGAUCAUUUUUAGACUGAAACAUUGAUCCCGCCAUCAGUCUGCAGUGGGAAACAGUGCGAAUAGCCACUAAUGUGAAGUAAAGUUGUUUUGGUGUUUCAAAGAGUCUUUUCAAACGAUUAUAGUUCCUAAAGGCAUAGAAUCACAUGGAUUGAUAAUGUCCUUACUGGGAAAUUCCAAUGUCUUCAGAACUGGUCACAUUUUCACAUAAACAACAUGAAAUAUUCUUCCCCCCUAAAGUCACCAGACCUCACUGAGAAAAACUCCAGAUUUUAACAAUAAGUUUGGAAUAUUUAGUCGCAACAGCUGUUUCAGGAGAAUAUCAUCACCUUCAACAAAAAAGGUCAUCCUCCGUAGAAACCCUUUCUUUAAUUCCAGUGACAAAGACAACACUUUUAGUGACACACCUUGAAUUAUGUUGCAGCUGUUAAAGCCUGUUUCACAGCUGCAGGAUGGACUGAUGUCCUUUCAAAACUGUCUGUAUAUUUUGACCUCCAAAUGCAAAAAUAAUUAUUAUUUAGGUCAUGGUGAGACUAAAGCUUGUGGAGAUUUUAGUUUUCUCUGGAUGUGUUUCGAUCCUUCAGUUCCUGCUGAUCUUCAGGCGAGCAGCAGCUGGAGAGCUGCAGGAGGAGAGCGGGCUGAUGGCUCUGGCUCGUCUGUCUGAGAUCAACGUGUCCACAGAGGGAGUGAUGGGAGCAAAGGACUUCUUUGAAGCAAAGGUACUCUAUACUGUGUCUCUAUCUUAUUUUAGUUAUUCACUUUGAAAGAGAGGGUAUGAAAAACAUUUAUAUUUACUGUCUUUACAGUAUUAUUCAUCAUCUCUUCAAUCAUUUUUAGUAACUUUUGCAUAAAAAAAUUCCUAUUUUUAAGAACUUGCAUAUUUAUUAACUACAGGGAAUAAUGUUUUUCUGUGAGUAUUAAAAUACUUCAUAAGAUAAAAACUGAUAAUGUUGGUAUUAAAGCUUGAUACGAGCUAAACUGAAACAUAAAACAUACAGUGUGAGGGAAAAUCUCAAGAGAAACUCAAUUGAUUUUUAUAAUAUAUCCUUCAGCGCUUGUCCUCAAGAGCGAACACACAAAAUAAAACCUAUUUUCAGUUACAGAUAGGCGAAAGCAUGAUCAGGUUCAUUCAGAUAAAAAUCCUAAAUUAACUGUACGAUCAUAUUUAUCUGAUAAAAGGCAUAGAUGAAUCUUCAGUGGUUCCUGGUGCAUUUUGGCCUGAAAAAUGUCCUCCUUAAAACUUGAAGAAGACAGAAAUUGUUUUUGCCAAUGCUUGUUGAAACACUGCAUGACUGCCACCUGGUGAUUGGUUUAGAGUCCAACAACUUAAGUGGUUCAAAAUGGCUCCCAAAUAUAGUGCAGUAUGAGUCAUUUCUUUUCAUGCAGUGAAAAAGCAACAAAGGGAUAAAACAACAUUUACUAACAUACCCCUCUUCUGUAUUUAUUGUUACACAUAGUUGAACUAAACAGCUUAAUUUAAUUGCCAUCAACUUUUUAGGUGUAGCAUGUCUCAAUGAUGUUGAAUAAUGUAGUAUAGUAACAAAGCCUGUAUUGUCUAUUCAUGUUCCACAUUUUUGAGUUUAAACAACGAUUACUCUUUGUUUCUCUUUUUGGCAUCACUGCUGUGGUUUUACUUUUCCUGAUUCUUGGUUAUUGGCAGCUGUAAUUCAUCCCUAUUAUUGCAUCCACACAGGUCUCAAAGGUUAUACCCACCAAAAGAGCUGCUUACUAACACAUUACUAAAACAGCAGGGAAAGAUUUUAAUCAUAAACCAUACAGAGCCAGUUUUUAAUCUGCUGAACUGGAAAAAUGAGCUCCAUCCCUGUUUUGAAAUAAGGCAGAUCAAACAGGGCUACUCAUGGUGUCAGGAUGAUCCCUGCUGGUUUAAAGGGACUCUUUCAUCUUUCACAGAUGAAGGUUGCGUCUCAGGGCAGCAAGUUUGAGGCGGAGAUUCGAGAGGAGAAAGAGGAACGCAAGCGACAAGAGGUGGAGAAGAAACAGAGGCAAGCUGCGUUCAAGCAGCUGCAGUCGACGUUCUGCUCAUGACCUGACUCUGGAGCCUGGCAUCCUGUGUCCAGCCCUGACAAGCUCUGUCAGAGUCAGAGAAGUUGAAAACUAGCUUCACGUUGUUUUAACCCAUAAAAACCCUCAUAAUCAGGCACUUUAUCACUAAAAUAGAGAUUAUAGAAGUACAAACUCAACAAAUACAGCACAUACAUGGUUCAUUCAUUCCAGAGGCUCUGCAGCUGCUGCACAAAAACAACAAGGUAAAAAUAGAGUACUUUAAAUGUGCAGGAAAUAUGAAGUGCACAUUUACAAUCCAUUGAAGUAUCAUAAAGUUAUUGCGCAUUUUUUCUUUAUGUUUUUUUUUUUGUAAAAGAACUGGAAGUUUUCACCACAAGGGAAAUGUUCAGUGAAGUGAUGUUUUAGUCUGAUGUUCGUAAAACAGUUUUGGUUCAUGUUACAGUUUGUGUCACUUUACUCCAUCUUCACCGUGUGACAGUGGGUGUGAAAAAUAAUUAAGCAUCUUCUCUGCAACCUGCAAUGUGAUAGAACUAGUGAAGCAUUAGAUAACAGUAUGAAGAGCUGUCAUGUAGUAUAACAAUAAGUAUGAAUAAAACAGUUUUUGAGCCUUAUGCAGCUUCUCACUGAGCUGAAAGUGUGAUCAGACUCAGCUGCAGAUUUAAACCGACUGGAAGAGCUCGUGAUGAUAAUUAGGACUGCUAAAGGUUCAUUCUGCGGUUUUAUAUUUAGACUUAAAUCCUCAGCUUAACUGUGAACCAUUGAGUCUCAGAAACAAGACUUUUAUGGAAAAGGUCAACAUUUUGGGGAACAGUGAUCCUCUUUCUUUCAAAGCCUGAGAUGAAAAGACUGAUCUGGUGUGUGUGCCUAAAACCUCAGAAACACAAAACUGACUUCAUAAAACCAGCAAAAACAAAGGUGGACUGUUGGUUGUGUUAUGCCGGCUUUUAUAGAGCCGAGAAGUUGCACUUGAACCGGCCAUAAAAAUCACCUCUGACGGAGAUCAAGCACUAGUUCAUUCCCCUCUGGAUUUCUCCUAAGGGGAUCAAUAAUAUAUCAUCUCUAAUCUUAGUUUUGCUUCACAACAGCAGGUGGUGGUAGUUAUCUGAUUUUAAAACAGGGAAAUGGGACAGUGGGUUUACAAACUGCUAUGAUGAGCAGCAGUUGAUGUCUGAGCACACCAAGCAGAUGGUUUCAAAGCCGAGUAUCUCAACAGAAAGUCAAACUUUUGUCUUUUUGGAGAAGAAAAAAAGCUGUUUGCUGGCUGUCUUUUCUAAAUCAACUGAGUUUUACAGCCAAUUAGAGGCCUCCGUCACAUAUCAGCUCCUGAUAAUUUCUGAGUGUGGCCUUCAGGAGGAGAGUUGAUUAAUGUCUCCUGUUGAUGUGUUUAUAUCACUCCAACAUGCAUGAGAAUAUUUCACUAAAACAAACACAAUGCAAGACAUGAUACAGAUAAGUGACACAAGUAUGGGGGUUAUAAAGCAGAGAAACUUGGAUCAUUGAUGUGAAUGUCCUAGACCAUAACCUGCUGUGUUCAUACAUCAACUCACCCCGACUUUAAUUGUUCAAUUAGACAAGAAAGCACAGAUCAGAGCGGACAAUGUCGGACAAAAAUAUGUCCCAGCAGAAACAUGGCAGGGCUAGUGUUUGGACGGGGUUAGUCUAGCUUUGCAUAAAGACAAGCAGCUGGGAAGAAAAAGUAGCUUGCUAAAAUUUUGCAUUCUACAACCCCCAAAGCUCACCUUGUCUAAAAAAUCCUUAUUGGCACUUUAAUGUUAGAGAUACUUUUUAAUGUUUUAAGUUCAAUCACAGGUAUCUUCUCUUCAAGAAUACGUGAAUAAACAUAAGACUAGCUUGGCAAAUAACACCCUGACUCUGGUUUGCACAUAAACACACAAACAACAAGCUGACAUCUGUCUUCUCAUCUCACGCUCAGACAGAGCUCAUAAGCAUAUUUUCUUGACUUUAUUAAACUGUCAUUAACUUAAUUGCAUUGAAGCACACGACGAGAUUAAAGAUCGACAGCAUGCUCAUGUGGUGAAGCAGAGUUUCCCGACCUUUGAUUUUUCAGUAUAUGAAGUUGUCUUGGGAAUUUGAGUAUGUUUAAUAUUCUCUUUUAUUAAGAGCAUGCAGUAAUAGUGUAUUAUGUAGGCUAGAAAUCCUGAUAUUUUACAUGUGAAAUGCAAAACAAGUGACAGCAGCAGAGUCACCCAGUGAGUGUGUUGGGGAAUAACAGUCAGGCCUCAGUGUGUUAACCUUUAAACCUUAAGGAGACCUGCUUCAGGAACGAGACCUCUGAACAACAAACCUGUUUGUUUUUUAUCCUUUAAACUUCUCUUUGAUGGUGGAGUCCUUACAGUGACAAGGCAAGAGUCAAAAUAUCUGUCUGAUCUUUUGGAAAGUGAUGCGAUUAACAAUAGAAACAGAAAAUCAUAAUUUGUGGAGUAAACUUAUUCAUGAAAUUCAGAGAGAAAUACGAAAUGCUCUGUUUUUAUGACUGGGACUCCAUUUACUCCUGAGAUUACAGUGCACCAGGAUUAGAUAUGCUGUUGAAAAUAAUCCCAUUUUGCCUAUUCUUGGCUGUGUUUUUAAUCUUGUAUCAUUAUCCUCUUUAUUCUCAUGAGAGUGAAACCUGGGGUCAAAGGUCAGAGUAGAAUGACGAUGCAGGUGUGGGUUUACGCCUGAGCACAAUCUAAGUCAGAUAACUCCAGAUACGCCAUUUUUUCAAGAAUAACAGGAAAAAAAAGAUUCAAAAACUAAAGUGGAUCAAAUCUUAGAAAGAGGUUGUUCAAAGAAAUCGAAGCAUUCUGGUUUCAGAUCAGAUCUGACAAUCUAGUUUUGCUAUUUGAUGCUCAUCAGACCUCCAGUUUUUGUUGCUGAAAACUUUUGAGUAGGAUUAUAUUACUUAAUCCAAAAAUCAGGAUUAUCCUGAUCCAACAGAAGGCUGUAUUCAGGCUGGAUUACAGGAACUGAUGGAAAGAAAAAUUCAGUAAAUUCAUCAGCAGUUUCAUGAUGAUGAGAGUGCUGCAGAUAUUCUUUGAUAUUUUGCACUUGGUUAAUUUAUCCUUUAACACACAUUAAUGAAGUGAAAUUAUAAGGAAUUAAAACACAAAAUACUGAGUUUAAAGCAGCUGUGAGCCUUUUUUUUACUUGUGAGGAUUUUGGCCCUCAAAGUGGGCAAACUUUGCUGUGUUUCAUCUGACUUAAAUUGAAUCUGUUUUUUUAUAUUUCUUAAUAUUGUGUAUCAGGAUAAAGAUAAGGCAACGGGACAAGGGACAUGGGUUUGGUGUAUGUCAUUCUCCUAUGCCCUCCCUAUUUCCUUACUCUAUCCUAUCCCCUACAUAAGGCAUGAAAGCCCAAAAGUAAACUUCAAGGAAAAUGAAAUUAGAACAAAAUAAAUUGGGCUUAUCCCAGGAAACAAAAGACUGGAUUUUCAAAUCCAGAUAAUUUUAAUCCAUAUUUAAUCUUUGAAUACCGGCCUCUGAUUUCCAGCUGAUCACAAUGAAGUCCUCUUUUUUGUUACUAUAAUGUGUUCCCUUAAUACAAAUCACAUUUUACUCUGAGGUGUAAUUGAGGUCUUAGCUUUUGUGGUCAACAUUGUAUUAAAUAUAUUGUUAUUCUGAGCAGUAAGCACAUAACGAAAGGUUACAUACCUUGAAAAAGGUUUACGUCGUCUUUGCUCUUAUAUUUAUGGUUCUUGUAACAGAAAUCCAUCUGUUAAGAGUGUCUUGAAUUCAGCCCACAGCAGUUUUGAACAGUUUCUAUCAUUCAUCCAUAGAAUGUUACAGUUCUGAUUCUUGCUGUAGACGACCCUUUACUUUUCUCAAGAUCUCUUAUCCAGCUUAACUACACGUCUAUCUGUAUGCAUCUCAGUUAUGUCUCCUCUUUUUGUCUUUAACACUAAAUCUAUGCUCAGCUCACGCUUCUUUUCAAACAGCAGACACUUUAUUUUGAAGUAUUACACACUGUGACAAGAAAACUUAGAUCUGGUCAGAGAGCCUGAUGUUCAGAUUCCUCAAGUGUAUGAUGUGUAGCUUACUUACUUACUUAUCCCCCUUUGAAGCCUCCAGAUUAGCAGUUUGUCAUCCCUUCGGGUCCAAAAACACAGACACUCAGCAGCUCUGUCUGAGUUUUAAGACAAGGACCAGAUAUCUCACUGAGGAUGUAAUCUUCUCUCCUCAGUUAAAAUCUUACAUUUCACUGUGGGUGCUUGUUUUUAUUUUCUUUACAUUAAUGUGCAAUGUUAUUAAAUGUUAGGAGAGUGCCACAAAUAUGCACAAAUCAAUAGAAUAUAAGAACUGUAAUAACUGUGUAAAGAUGACAUAUUCAUGUCCAAAACCUGUUUCAUCCUCCACCUGAUCACUACCAGGGUCAGAGUCUGUCAGCACAGAUGUCCAUCUUAGAUUCUUUAGAGAUUUAAAGUUAACAAAAAUGAGCAAAUAAAACUAUAGUUUAAAAAGCAUGUUAAAAUAAAAAAGAACAAUUGUUCAAGAAGAAAAAAGCAGUGAUAAUUCACAUGACUAAAAACAGAUUUAACAAAGUGUGAUAAGCUCUGACCCAGGAUCUGUUCUUAUUGUCAAGUGCAGUUCAUUUAUCUGGCUCAUCAUUUUCUCUGUAUUUUUAUGUGUUUAAUUUGUAGCAUGUUUCUGUCAUCAUAUAACAAAGCUACUGUGCGUAUAAAACAUAACUCCUUUGGUAUUUGUUGUGGAAAUGGACAAUGUAUUUUUUCAUAAAUAAGAUAGUAUAUAUUGUUUUAGCAGAGACUUAUAAGUUGCCAAAUAUAUGAAAAAGUCAUUGAAAUAUAUUUUUGGGCACUUGUAAAGAUAUUGUGUUGUUAUAAACCCUGUCAGAAUGGAAAUGUUUGACUUAAUGCAAUAAAGAAGAAAAUAACCUUGUGUUAAACAAUACUA